AUGUUGAAGGAACUGGGCUUUAUCGGAACCAUCCAGGACGACGAGCAGAGUCCGGAAGAAGACGACAGCGACUCCGAGGAAGAGGAUGAAACCAUCAUCCUGAACCGGAAGAAGAAGUUUGGCAGUCAGAAAGGUGGCGCCAAAUACUUCAACAGCGACUUUGUGUUUGGCGAACGAGAUGCGCUGGAGGCUGAAGAUGACUGGCUUGCGCCUGACGUCGUCAAGCAGCUCAAGAAGAAGAGAAGUAUGACCACUCUGGAUCAGAAGAUCGAGCAAGUCCGCAAGAAGAGAAAAGCCCAGGAGAAAGCCUCGGAGCCCGUAGGAGAUUCGGUGGGGGAAAAAGAUGUGGCGGCGGAGGAGGACGAAGAAGAAGAAGAAGAAAAGGCAGACACGAAGCCUAGCCGUGAUGGCGAAGAGGAUGAAGAAGACGAAGAGGACGAGUUUAACUCAGAUGACGAGCGGAUCCUCACCCAAGCGGACACACUGAGGGAGAAGCCACGACGCGGGAAGCGGAGGGAGGCAGACCAGGAGGAAGAGGCGCAGUCGUUCGACGAAGACGCAUCACGGUUUGACGAGGCGCUCAAUUUUGACGACAUGAACCUGUCCAGACCGAUCUUAAAGGCAAUUGCGGCGCUGGGCUUCAAGCAGCCCACACCCAUCCAGAAGGCAUGCGUCCCCGUGGGGCUCUUGGGCCGAGAUCUCUGCGCCUGCGCCGCCACUGGCACAGGGAAGACAGCCGCCUUCAUGUUGCCCGUGUUGGAGCGCUUGGUGUACAAGCCCAGGACGUCGCAGGUGACCCGUGUGCUGGUUCUGGUUCCCACCCGAGAGCUGGGCAUCCAAGUACACUCAGUGGCGCGCCAGUUGGCACAGUUCACCUCCAUCACAGUCUGCCUGGCCGUCGGCGGCCUGGACCUGAAGUCUCAGGAGGCGGCGUUGAGGGCGAGUCCGGAUGUCCUGAUCGCCACUCCCGGGCGCCUCAUCGACCAUCUCCACAAUACACCCAGCUUUGAGCUGGCGCACAUCGAGAUCCUUAUCCUGGACGAAGCCGACAGGAUGCUGGACGAGUACUUUGAGGAGCAAAUGAAAGAGAUCAUCAGGAUGUGUUCUUACACCAGACAAACCAUGCUCUUCUCCGCCACCAUGACCGAGGAGGUGAAGGAACUGGCGGCGGUGUCGCUGAAGAAGCCCGUCCGCAUCUUCGUCAACAGCAACACGGACGUGGCGCCAUACCUGCGGCAGGAGUUUGUGCGUAUCCGGGCCGGACGAGAGGGCGACCGCGAGGCGGUGCUGGCGGCUCUGCUCACCAGAAGUUUCCAGGACCACGCCAUGGUCUUCACGCAGACCAGGAAGCAAGCACACAGACUGCACAUUCUGCUGGGACUCAUGGGCCUCAAGGUCGGUGAGCUGCACGGGGAACUCAGCCAGAACCAGAGACUGGAGAAUCUCAGGCGUUUCAAGGACGACCAGAUCGACAUCUUGGUGGCCACAGACGUCGCGGCCAGAGGUUUAGACAUUGAUGGCGUCCAAACGGUGAUCAACUUCACCAUGCCGUCAACGGCGAAGCACUACGUCCACCGCGUGGGGCGUACGGCGCGAGCGGGUCGCACGGGCCGUUCCGUCUCGUUGGUCGGUGAGUCGGAGAGGAAAAUGCUCAAGGAGGUGGUCAAGUCGGCCAAGAGCGCCGUCAAGGCUCGUGUGCUUCCCACAGACGUCGUCCUCAAAUUCCGGGACCUCAUUUCCAAACUGGAGAAAGACGUGUAUGCCGUGCUCACCCUGGAGAAAGAAGAGAGGGAAAUGGCUGCCUCUGAGGCCAAGUUGAGUGUGGCCCAAAAGCGUCUGGAUGGCACCGCCUCCAACGAGCCUCAACGGGUUUGGUUCCAGACGCAGCAGGAAAGGAAGCAGAUUCGCAUCAACAAGGCGCUGCAGGAAUUUGACUUGGCUCUACGAGGGAAGAAGAAGCGUGACAAGUUCAUCAAGAGUGGCAAGAAAAAGAAAGACAUGACGGCCGAGGAGCGCUCUCAGUUCGAAAUCCUCAAGGCACAGAUGUUCGCCGAGCGAGCUGCGAAGCGACAGCGACGACCCAAGAGGGCCAGGGCAAUGGCCGACGACGACCACAACGAAGCGCCCCCGAAAGACAAUAAGAAGACGGGAAAAGGAGGCCGAAAGUCGGCCUUUGACAAGGAGUUGACCAAUGUCAGCGACAAAGCCCUCAAACAAUACAGAGCGGGGCCAUCCUGGACGGACAGGAAACGGCUGGGUUUGGACAGGAAGCGCUCGGGUGGCUCCAGGUUCAAGAGGAAGUAA